AUAUUCUUUUUCAAUUUUGCGAAAAAGCUAGCAAAACUGGAGAAUCCUCUACAUCAUCAACCGCCACCGGGUGUUGAAUUCGAAUUCUACAACGUGGCUUCCAGCAAAGUGCAUCCUAGUCCCGGGGGGGCGGCGGCCCGUAGCAUAUGGGCGCUGCCCCUGACAGCCUCGUCUGCAUCUUGCAAUAUGGUCGAAGAGGAUGGUCAUCAUGAUCACCCAGAUGACGGGGCUCUCGAUGGAGUUAGCCAAGAAGAACAUGAUAGUGUUUUGAUUUUUGAAGGUGCCGAUGGAGCCACUGUCAAUCUUGAUGACAUAUUUGAUAUUAUUAAAAACGGAGAGGUCAGCGAAGUUGAGAAGUUAGUGGAUAAAUUUGGAAUGGAGUGUUUAUCGGCUCGUGAUCGUCAUGGCUAUACACCAGCCCAUUGGAUAGCUUUAAAUGGACACGUUCAACUAAUGCGGUAUUUGAUUGAACGUUCCGCACCCAUAGAUCUGCCCUGCUUGGGUACUCAAGGACCCCGACCCAUACAUUGGGCUUGCCGCAAAGGACAUGCCUCAGUCGUUCAGGUGCUGCUUCAAGCGGGGGUAGCUGUCAAUGCCGCAGAUUUUAAAGGCUUAACCCCACUUCACUUGGCUUGCAUGUAUAACCGGACAGCGACGGCCGCAUACUUGCUGGGAAUGGGUGCUUUGAACAAUUUGACGGACAUUAAUGGUGACACAGCACUGCAUUGGGCAGCUUACAAAGGACACGCAGAUCUGAUGCGUCUUUUAAUGUAUUCGGGAGUGGAGCUUCAAAAAACUGAUAACUUUGGUUCCACACCUCUACAUUUAGCCUGUCUCUCGGGUAAUAUGACCUGUGUGCGUCUUCUGUGCGAGAAAUCUCAGUUGGAUCUCGAGCCAAGGGAUAAAAAUGGCAAAACACCAAUAAUGCUAGCCCAGGCACAUCAGCAUCAGGAUGUUGUACGACUUCUAUAUGGAGAGGUUAAAAAGAAAUCACGAUGGAUUCCCUCUGUCUCUGAGAGUUGGGGUUGGAUAUUUGGUGGCGCCGGCGAUUCUAAGGGUCCUCUAUUUCUUUUUCUCUUCUCUGUUCUACUCUGGGGGUAUCCAAUGUAUAUGAUACGAGCCCUGCCUAUAACUUGGAAUAUUUUAAGACGUUCCCAUUAUUGUUUUAUAUAUUGGAAUGCUGUAAUGUGGAUAAGUUGGGCGAUAGCCAAUCGUCGAGAUCCUGGCUAUAUACCUUUAAGCUCCGAUACCUACUAUAGAGCCAUUAAGCAAAUUCCGUACUUUGACAAGUUAAAAAAAAGAAAUGUUAUGCUCACACGACUGUGUCACAGUUGCCGUUGUCUGCGGCCACUCCGGGCCAAACAUUGCCGUGUGUGCAAUCGUUGUGUAUCUUACUUUGAUCAUCAUUGUCCCUUUAUAUACAAUUGUGUCGGCUUAAGGAAUCGCAUGUGGUUCUUUCUUUUUGUUUUAUCGGUGGCUGUUAAUUGUUCAUUUACCAUAUAUUUCGCUUGCUACUGUGUGAUGAUUGAAGGAUUUACAUUGCUCUACGUUUUGGGCCUAAUCGAGGCAGUUGUUUUUUGUGGUUUGGGCUGGAUUUUAACCUGCACUUCGAUUCUUCAUGCCUGCAUGAAUCUCACCACAAAUGAGAUGUUCAACUAUAAACGAUAUCCAUAUCUGCGUGACAAACGCGGACGCUAUCAGAAUCCAUUUUCGCGCGGACCCAUACUCAAUUUGCUGGAGUUCUUUGUCUGUCUACCAGAUAGGGGGGAUGACAAUGAUUUGCUUUUAGAGGAUAAUAUUUGAUUAAGGAUCUAGGAGCGAGCUCCAGCACGGAGGCGUAAGGUAACUGUUCGUGGAUAAUAUUAAGAGAAACGGCAGCAUGUUUAUGCUAAACUCGUGUAUUCAUGAUUGCUGUCGAUCAUUUGAAUUUGCUCCCAAUCUCAGGCUUAAGGCUUAGUUAGGGAUAACUAGAUGAGGUAAAACGAAAAACAUAUUUUUUAGGAAUACUUUGCACUUCUAUCUACAAUUGACGAACGAUAUAAGCUGGAAUUGACUUUUAAAAAGUUACACACAUCGUCAUUGCUCUAGAAGUUUAUCAAAUUAUAAAGUAUGUAUAUCCUUUAAACCACUUCGGCAUUCCGAGGACUAUAGCUAGCUAGCUUUUCUUACUGUUAUCAAAUUGUGCCCUUAAAUAUAAAAAAUGCUUAUCUUGUUCUAAAUGUUUUUGUACAAAAAAAUAUAUUAUAGAGAAUAA